CAUAUCCGGGUAAAUAUAGCAACGUGUUUCUCCACAGCACCAGAGCUCAAUUUGUGUGUUAGCAAGCCUUCACUAUGCCCUUAAUAGUGAUGUGUGGUUAUCCCUGUAGUGGUAAAACUCGAAGGGCAGAAGAACUGAAGGCGUUUUUUGAGGAAAACACCGGCCGGAAGGUCCAUGUUGUUGGAGACGGAGCCCUGAGGGCUGACAGAAACAGUGUUUACGCAGAUUCUCAAAAGGAAAAAAAUGUCAGAGCAUCUCUGAAAGCUGAGGUAGAAAGAAAGGUCAACAAGGAGGACAUUGUGAUUUUGGACUCCUUAAAUUACAUCAAAGGCUACCGCUAUGAACUGUUCUGUCUCAUCAAACACGCACAGACGCCACACUGCCUGGUAUACUGUUUGACAUCGCCAGAAGAGAGCUCAUCGUGGAACGUGAACAGAGAUGCUGCUGAGCAGUACAGCCAGGACAUCUUCGACGCUUUAGUUCAGAGGUUUGAAGCGCCGGACUCCAGAAACAGAUGGGACAGCCCGCUCUUCACCGUCCUGAAAGACGACGCGCUACCACUGGAAGCCGUUUCCGAUGCGCUCCUCAAGCGAAAAGCUCCCCCACCGAACCAGUCGACUCAGAGCCAACCCUUGUCUUCUGCAAACUUCUUGUAUGAAUUGGACAAAAUCACACAAGAUGUGUUAAUGGCUAUUUUUGAUGCUCAGAAGACAAGUGUUCCUGGGGAUCUUAUCUCAGUUCCAGGAGCCACAGAAAAGGUGGAGCUCAGCAGGAGCGUCAACAUGGCAGAGCUGCGCAAACUGCGCCGGCAGUUCAUCAGCUACAGCAAGAUGCAUCCAACAGACAAGACGGGCCAGAUUUCCAACAUGUUCGUCCAGUAUUUAAACAAGAGUCUUCAUUAG